AUGUGGAUAGCAAGUGGAACCUAAUCGGACGCAUGUUGUGUUGUGUACAAAAAGAAACGUCAAACUAAAGUCGAGCGAACCAAAACUAAACGGCCAAGAAAUAAGCAAACCCACUAUAAAACGGAAAGGAUAAGGCACAGGAAAUACGAUUGCUUACCAGAGAGAGCGGCGGACCCGUAGCGAACCGCUCCCCCAAAUAGCGGCUGCCCCAAAAAAUCGCCCACAAGAGAAUCCACCAAAAACCCAUUUGCCCACUCACACACACACACACGCGCAGCCAAGGAGCAAAAGAAGAAUUGCGCCAGAAGAAGCAGCAGCAUAAAGAAUCUAGUAGUGCAAACACCCGGAUCCACAGGUACUCGUUCCAGAGGUUGGAACAGCGCCACAGGAACAGCCAAGCAGUCAACAGAAGAUCACCAGUAUCAGCUACCAGUUAGCAUCAUAAUUGCCAGGAUGAGCAUGGAGAAAGUAGCCAACAAGCAGUACGAGACGAAAAACUGGCCAGAUAUCGUCGACAGCGACGACAGCGAUGUGGAUAACGAGAUAGAUGUGGACAACCUGCCGCCACUGGAGGUGGGUCCCGGCGAGAACCGGCUGCAGCACACAUACUGCCUCUGGUUCUCUCGCAAGGAGACGCAGCGGGCGGCCGCCGACUACAGCAAGUCGCUGCACAUGGUCGGCCGGUGCGCCAGCGUGCAGCAGUGGUGGUCGCUCUACUCGCACCUCAUCCGGCCCACAGCCCUGAAGCCCUACCGGGAGCUCCUCCUCUUCAAGCAGGGUAUCAUACCGAUGUGGGAGGACCCGGCGAACAGCAAGGGUGGACAAUGGUUGAUACGGCUGCGCAAGAACAAGGUCGACCGGGCAUGGGAGAACGUUUGUAUGGCGAUGCUCGGGGAGCAGUUCCUCGUCGGCGACGAGAUAUGCGGAGUCGUGCUACAGACGAAAUAUCCGAAUCCAAGCAUCCAAGUAGCAUGCUCAUCAAGGCCAAUAAUCUGCAUUAUCUACACACGUUUUGUAGUACAAUUCGGACAAUGCAAAAUCAUUAUAGUUACUAAUAACAAUAAACGCAAUGUGUAUGACUUUUUGACAAUUAUUGUGAUUAAGAUACACGAAGAAAUGCUUUCGCUUCUAAGUAGGAAAUGCAAAUUUGUUAAUGCACCGCCAAACGAACUGGUCGAUUUCUGUUUUGAUCACACGAAAUUACCAACUGCAAAUGUCAGACCUGCAUUACAAGCACGUUUAUUUCUUAUUCAAUUCGUUAAUUCACCUUUUGAUCUUUUGAACGAGCAACGAAUAAAUGGGAAAAUGAAAGCCCAAAACUGCAACUACAACAGCAAUAGCGCAAAUCAGCACGUUUUCACCACAAAAACAAAAGCAACAACAACUGCAAAAAAAAAAAAAUAAAAAAAAUAAAACACCCAGUUAACCGAACGCGUUCAGUGAAAAGAAAAUCAAAAGAAAUAUUACUACUUCGUAUUAUGUCAAUCAAUCAAGCUGCGAUUUAAUUUCAACCACAUAAAAAUGCAAUCUAAAGGCCCGAAAAAAUUCGACAAAUUCGAAAAAUUAUCGAAAAACGCGACUCCGCCCUGCCACGCCCUCACGUUCAUUGGGAAUUCCAGUCCGGGUUCCAGUGUUCCAGCGAUACAGACCCGCAGCUUCCAGUGCGAAUAAACAGCUGCAUUGCUCCAUUCCCACACGCUGAG